GGCAGUGAAUUUCCUGUGCGGCGGGCGUCGGGGCUACACCGAGGAUGCGAGGCGCGAGCGCAGCAUGGCUGCUGGGGGGAGCCAUUGUGUUGGCGGCCGCUGCCUCCUGCGUUUGUACCACUCAAGCUUCUCCUUGAAUGACUUUUGACCUUUAUUUCAUGAUGGUCCGAAUUGUUUUCCAGAUGGAUAUAAAGUGUACUGUUGCUAUCCCCAUUUGUACGGAUUAGAAACUGAGGCACAGAGUGUGUUUCUCCUUGAGUUUGGUGGUCUGCUCUGCCCCUGGAGUGGUCAGUUCUGCUGCCAGCAUGCCCACCCAGCUGGAGAUUGCCAUGGACACCAUGAUUAGAAUCUUCCACCAGUACUCUUGCAAGGAAGGGGACAGAUUCAAGCUCAACAAAGGGGAACUGAAGAUGCUCCUGCAGCAUGAGCUCACUGAAUUCCUCACGUGCCAAAAGGAUCCCCGGUUGGUUGAUAAGAUAAUGCAGGACCUGGACGCCAACAAGGACAACGAAGUGGAUUUUAAUGAAUUUGUGGUGAUGGUAGCAGCUCUGACGGUUGCCUGUAAUGAUUACUUUGUAGAACAAAUGAAGAAAAAAGGAAAGUAAAUUAAGUAGCCAGCUAAUCUAACGGCAGAAAUAUAUCCUAGGUUAUUUAUUUAGUGGUCAGAUCUAUACACACAGUAAUGCCAUUCAUAGAUAUAAUAUACAUAU